CAAGUCAAGAGUGCGUGUGAAACGAAGCGCACUUCCAAAAGAGUUAUUGCAGACAAAAUACGUGAAAAAAACAAGAAGAAUUUGCACUUCGACAAUCAUAAUGAGCAAAAGGAAGAGUUUGUGUGCCCUGAACAGCGACAACUGGGACGUUGAGGAUGUCCCAGAGGAAAAAGGGACUUUCCAGAAAGCCUCCGAGGAUGAACUGAAGAAUCGCGUAAUUCGAACGGCUUUCAGACGCACCGUUUCAACGACAAAGUCCACGGGAUUGUUUAGUGGUUUUGAGGGCUUCUCAAAGACAACUUCAGUCAAUUCACUCUUCUCCGCACUCUGCAAAACCACAAGUUCACCGGUCGUGACAUCGGCAAGUAACUUGCCGAAAUCGUCAGAAGAAUUUUCACCACGCGAAAAGCAAGAGAUGUUGGCAGACUUGAACAAAUCCAUUUUGGAUCGCAUAAAGACGAGAAUUGAAGAGAAUCCCUUCGCCAUUCUGACCCCCAUCUUUGAGGACUAUGAGAAGCAGCUCAAGAAGAUCAAGAGCAACGAGAAGACACCGUCAGAAGCCUCCUCAACGUCCUCCGACGCAAAGGGGAAUUGAGUUACUGAAAAAAGAAGUGUAAGUUGAAAAGUUCACAAAUAACUCUCUAAAGGAGUAGAUAAUUAAAAUUACACAGGAAGAGCAUUUAUUUAGGAGCAUUAAAACUGUGAGCACACUCUAAACAGAUUUUAAAUAUGGUUUAACGCAACAAUAGAAGGUAUUUAAGCUGAAUAUUUUAAAAUGUGUGACAUUUCGCAAAAAUAAAGAGCCAUCAUUAUGUCUUGAACUGCUUCGAAA